AUGGUGCUAAGGGAGAACUUUAGGUGCCUAUGGACUUUAGGUCUCUAUCUAGUAACUAGUAAAUCGUCACCCAAAGUCCCAGCCAUCACUGACCGGAGUUUCAUAGACCAAUGUGUCCAGGCUCACAAUCAGAUGCGUAUCAGGGUGCAACCCCCAGCGGCUGACAUGAAAGAAAUGAGUUGGGAAUCCAGUUUAGCAAAGGUUGCUCACAAGUGGGCAAACAAGUGCAAAUUUGAACACAAUGGUUGUCUAUCAUCACCAUUUGCAUGUGAUCCAAAUCAUCAAUUUCUUGGGGAAAAUAUAUGGCUGGGAGCGUUACACAUAUUUACACCAAAGUCAGCUGUUGAAGCUUGGUAUAAUGAAACUCAGUAUUAUAAUUAUAAUACUCUACAAUGUACUGAUGUCUGUGGCCAUUAUACACAGGUGGUUUGGGCCGUUUCUAAUAGAGUUGGUUGUGCGGCUGCAUUGUGUCCCAAUCUUGGAGGAUAUCACACUACAAUAUUUGUAUGCAACUAUGCACCUCCAGGAAAUUUUGCAAAUAUGCCCCCGUAUACUAAAGGAACACCCUGCUCUUUGUGUGAAACUGGAGAAAUUUGUGGCAACAAGCUCUGCAUUUCUGGACCCCUGCGCCCUGCAGUUCAGAGUUCUGAGAGCAGCCAUUCUGAGACCGGCUCCAUCGGUCACAAUGUCUUGGCCAUGCCACAACCAGCCUCUGUGACUCCCGAUCUCCAAGUUUGA